GAAAAAUCGAUGUGAAAAUAGUCGAUAGAGAAAACUCGUUUGUAUUUAUGCAUAUCUUUAGUUCUAUAAAAUUAUAAUCGUAACAUCCAAUUGUCAUCAAAGUUUGUCGUCGUCGUCGUCGUCUGUGAAUUAACACAGAUUUGGGAAAUUUUGUAUCUUGUGAAUUAUAAAAUGAUUUUGAAAAGAGUAGUAUCUCCCACCAUCAUUGACAAGGUUAAACAAUUAGAAUCACUUUCGAAAACUACUCUUUUUGCAAAUUCUUGUAGACUACCUCAAUUUGGCAGAACUUCCAGUAGUCUUGCCACUGCUCGACAAUGUUUGGAUUCUGGUACAAUUAGCAAUAGAACUAAUUGUUUGACAAAGUUCCCAACAACUGCCAUUUUAGGUACGCAAAUAAGCCGCAGUGCAAGUACAUCUGGUGAUCAUGUGCGUUUGUGGGUUUUGGAAAGAGUCAUUGCAACAGCACUACCAUUUUUGAUACCUGCUGCUUUAAUAACAGAAAAUUCUAUUCUUGAUGGCAUAAUGUCUGUAUUAGUUGUAAUGCAUACACAUUGGGGUCUAGAAGCCAUGAUUACAGAUUAUGCAAGACCUAAUAUUGUUGGACCUGUACUGCCAAAAAUCCUGCACUUUUCAUUGCUUAUAGUCUCAGCGAUAACACUAUGUGGCCUAUUUGUACUCAUAAAUAACGGUCCCGGAGUUUCAAGAGCUGUGAAAGAUGCUUGGGCAAUUGGCAAAACGCCCCCACAAAAACCUAUUGCCAAAGAAUAAUUUAUUAAUUAUUAUGAUUAGAAUAAUUCCCUAAUAAUUACAUGUUUUGAAUAGAUACAAACUUUAUUUUGGAUGGUUUGAAAUUCCAUUUCUUGUAAAUUAUUCAGAAAUAAAUUAUCUAUCAUUAAA